GUCAUCUGUUUCACGUACUGUUGCCUGCGGCACAAGCGGUGGCGCUGUGUCGCAUUAGCACCACGCGCCAUCUAUCUUGCUCGUCGGAGCCCGAAACUCUGAAUUGUCUUUUUCGUGCCGCUCGUGGCAGAAGUUGGUUAUUUACAUCCAUUCCCCUGAACUUGUACAACAUGGCAGAGCUCGAAGACACUCAGUUCGAGUCAGGGGAUUCUGGAGCUUCAGCAACAUUUCCCAUGCAAUGCUCUGCUCUUCGCAAAAACGGUUUUGUUAUGUUGAAGUCAAGGCCUUGCAAGAUUGUAGAAAUGUCCACAUCCAAGACUGGUAAACAUGGCCACGCCAAGGUCCACAUGGUUGGUAUAGACAUUUUCAAUGGCAAGAAACUUGAAGAUAUUUGCCCUUCCACCCACAACAUGGAUGUUCCUGUUGUCAAGAGGGAGGAUUUCACUCUCAUUGACAUUUCUGGUGAUGGUUAUCUUUCAAUGAUGAAUGACAACGGAGAUUUGCGUGAAGAUCUCAAGGUUCCAGAUGGAGACUUGGGUAAUCAAAUUAGGACUGAUUUUGAAAACGGUCGUGAAUUGCUCUGCACCGUUUUGAAAGCCUGCGGCGAAGAGUGUGUCAUUGCCGUCAAAGCCAACACAGCUGCCGAAAAGUAAUUCACACAAAAAUUGAAGUUUCACUUCCAACUGGUUACCAAUAAAAAAUGGAGAGAAACACAAAAAAAUAAACGGGAAACAGCUGUGGAUAUUGGAUUUAAAUUCUACUUUCUUUAAUUUUGCCUACUACCGAUUGAAUGUUAAUCGUGGGGAGAAAUGGGUAUCUAACCUUGUUGCCUCGUUUCAUUGGAUAAGUCCAUCUCUUGUUCUGGUUUAUUAUUACCUCUCCCGUUCGACCCAAUGGGUCAAUAGACAGACUUGUUAAUGAACGCUAGACGCUAUUCUGCAGUUAAUUGCGAAAUGGUUGUUUUUAAUUUUUCUCUACUCAUACCCAUUUCCCAUGCAGCAAACGAAAGAGUUCAAUAAAUCAAUUUCAAGCACUUCA